AUGGGUUGUCAAAGAACUAUUGGUAAUGGGAUUACCACAAAUAUUUUGAAGCAUCCUUGGCUUCCCGAUUCUGCAAACCCGUUUGUGACUUCUAAUGCCCUCGGUCUUGACAAUAAAAUGGUGAACUCUCUCAUGGAUAUUCAUGACACAUCUUGGGAUAUUUCUCUUAUCCAUGAUAUGUUUAACCCUCGAGAUGCUCACUUGAUACUUGGAAUCCCGUUGAGUUCUAUACCAUCCGAAGACUGCUGGUCUUGGAAGGGUGAGAGGUCUGGUUUUUUCUCUGUUCGUAGUGCCUACGAUAUGCUGCAGCUUAGUAACCAUGGACAGCAGAGACAACCAAACUCGGGGUUUUGGCACAAGUUUUGGCACCUUAAAAUACCGCCGAAAGUGAAGAAUUUCAUGUGGCGUGCUGUCACCAAUACUCUCCCCACAUGCCUCGAACUGGUUUCAAAGAAUGUCGACCUCUCCUCCUUGUGCCCUGUCUGCCACAAUGCUGCCGAUACUGCUUCCCAUGUGCUCCUAAAUUGUUCCUUUGCUUUCAGCUGCUGGGAGCGUUGUGGGUUCACCAUCCAAUCCGAUUCUUCAUCAACUAUUGGUUAUUGGCUUGAUUCUACAUUCGAAUUGUAUGGUGAUGAUACAUCUUGCCGUGCCAUCAUGCUUUGUUGGGCAUUUUGGAAGUCCCGAAACAAACUUGUUUGGGAUAAGAAAGCUUCAUCUCCAACUCAAGUUCUUAAUUUAGCAUGGACUACACUUGACCACUGGCCUCGCGAUUCGUUGUGCCACUUUGUUGAUCUCCGAGCAAGAUAUCAGGGAGGAAGCUACCCAGCCGAGGUGGUUGAAGCUCUUGGUAUCAAAGAAGCACUAAGUUGGUUGAAAGACAAGGAAUGGAACAAAGUCGACAUAGAGACUGAUAGCAUGGUAACAGAACAAGCAAUCUUUAGUAAUCAAAUUAUGUCUUCUACUUUUGGUUUGAUUGUUAGUGAUUGUAAAAGCUUAUUGUCAGUUUUAAAUAAUGUAAGUAUUCGUUUUAUUAGACGAUCAGCAAAUCGAGUUGCCCACUUUGUUGUUAGACACUCUCGGUUUUUCUCUGAUCGUAGCAUUCAUAGGAAUGAUUUCCCUAACGAGCUUCAAGCUCUUCUGUACGAUGAAUGCUAA